AGCCCUGCCAAGGAACUGGCUGUGGGGCUGGGGCUCUGCCAGAUCUGGCUGGGCACAGGCUCCCCUCUGCCGCUGGCUCCUCUGCUGCUGCGGUACUGGGGAUACUGGUGGCGUAAAGAGGGGGCAUCCGCGAGGCACGGGGCAGAGACGCACCUUCUUGCCAGGGUGCAGUGUCCAGGAGAAGAGGAGAAAGGAGGGAGGAAAGGUGAAAGCGCCUGGCUGGGGGAAACCAUCUCCACGGCAACCUCAAACCUCCAGGCUCUGCCUCAGAGCUGCUCGCCCAUCCCCAGGACCCGGUGGGGCAGGAUGAAGCUGCUGGGUGCUGUGUUGCUGGCUGCCAGCCUGCUUGGCACUGCUGCCCGGGGGGAGCAGUCCCCCUGGCCAGAUGACCCUUUGCGGACCUGCUUCUUCCAGAUGCUCGGCGGUGUGGACGGUGAAUUCUGCAGGGGGGAUCUAGAAAUUAUCUACCCGGAGCUGGGUGACGUGGGCUGCACUUACAUCCCCAAGUGCCACCAGUACCGCUGGCGGAUCAGCAGGGAAUGGGGCAGCCCCCGCGUUCGGUACCCCCAGGCUGAGAAGAGCAAGAAGUACGUGCUGGUGCUGGUGGACCCCGAUGCUCCCAGUAGAGCCAACCCCAGGAACCGCUUCUGGAGGCACUGGCUGGUCACCGACAUCCCAGGUGCGGAUCUGAGGACUGGGGACGUCAAAGGGCUUGUGCUGACGGAUUACGUCCGGCCCACGCCUCCGCCCCGCAGCGGGUACCACCGCUACCAGCUCCGCCUGUACGAGCAGCCGGCUCACGAGGCCAUCGCCCUGAGCCCCGAGGAGCGGGUCUCGCUGGGAGCCUGGGCGAUGGAGAGCUUCGUGGAGCAGUUUCGGCUGGGCUCCCCGGUGGCCUCGACCCAGUUCCUCACCAAAUACUACGAGGAUUAGCGCCGGCCAUCGUGCCCUUCCCCUGUGCAGCUUCACUCUCUUCCCCGCACUGCAGAGCCACCUCUGUCCGGACCGGGAGGAGACCCCGGGACCCACCGAGGAUGCACCCACCCUUCUGCCAGCCCAGAUUCACAGCAGAAAUCCCAGCCCCUCCGCUUCCAAAACCUGGGAGGGGUUUCUCUUUCCCUCCGAGGGUAACAUCCCGAGCGGUGUCCUGGGAAGAACGGCAUCACCUUCUUGUCCCCUCGCCCUAUUUCUGGCCUGACCCCCAGCAUGUUCCCCCUGCACCUUGGGGGUCUUGAGCUUUAAUGCCUGCAGCUUUCAGAAUAAAACAUGGAUGGAGCGCA